AUGGCAAUAUCAUCAAUAAUGAAGAAGGAGAAGGAGAAGGAGACGGAGGAUGUCUCUGAUGCCCAAUGGAGAAACUUCCGUGCUAAUUUGCUUAUUCUUACUCUUGUUUUUGCAAUUUUCGCCCUGUUUGCCAAUUCCUUAAGGGCCCUUUUUUCCUUGAAAGCUAAAGGGAUGUCCUUAGUAUGGCUUUUCAUUUCUUUGGCUUACCUAUCUUAUCUUCACGGCGCUUGCUUUGGAUAUGAUUACCAUUGGGCACAUCAGGAUCCUAUUUUUGAUCAGCAGGAGAGAAGUGGACAGAAAGAUAAAUUUUCCUUUAGCAUAUACCUCUCUUAUUUGCUAUAUGCCCCAGUUUAUAUUGCUGGCCCAAUUAUAAGCUUCAAUGCCUUUGCCUCACAGUUAGAUAUGCCUCAGAAUAAUUAUACAGUAAGGGACGUGUCUUGUGGUCUUUGGAAACUAUUAUCUCCUAUGGACAUAUUCAUCAUUGGAUAUGGGGUGUUGAACUUCAUGUGGCUUAAGUUUUCCCUUAUCUGGCGCUAUUUUCGGUUCUGGUCACUGAUUUGUGGCAUUGAGGCCCCUGAGAAUAUGCCAAGGUACCUUUACAUUCCUCUUGGAGGAUCUCGGAGAAAGCUACUCAAUAUAUGGGUUAUAUUUACAUUUGUUGCCAUCUGGCAUGAUCUAGAGUGGAAGCUGCUUUCAUGGGCAUGGUUAACAUGUUUAUUCUUUAUCCCUGAAAUGGUGGUGAAAUCAGCAGCGAAUACAUUAAAGGUGGAGAGUGCUUUUGGGGAGUUUCUUUUCCGUGAACUUAGUGCAGCUGCUGGUGCCAUCACCAUUACAUGUCUCAUGGUUGCAAACCUUGUUGGGUAUGUAAUUGGACCAUCGGGCAUAAAUUGGUUGCUUUCACAAUUUCUUACAAGACAAGGAUUGCCGGUAAUGGGUGGCAUGUUCAUAACGUUUUACGUUGGAACAAAGCUUAUGUUCCACAUUGACGAUGCCAAGCAAAGGAAGCGCUAA